AUGUACAGGAUCGGCCUCCCCUCGGUCGGCGAGUACGAGGUCCGAGUCAACGUCGACGGCAGGCCUUUCGUUUCGCAGUCGCUGCCGGCCGCCAACGCCGGUCGAGCAAUCGACGUCGUCAGCGGGGCGUUCGUCACGGUCGGCGAUUUCGGCGUCUUUGACGCGAUCCCGACCUUCACGCUUGACUACGGCGACUUGAUCGUCAGCGGCAACGCCAACUACCCGACGACGCUCACCGACAACGGCGCCCGGCACACGAUCGUCGCCGGCACGCACCUUGGGACCAUUGGCCCCGACGCCGACCCGGGUACGCUGGAGUCGGCAAACGCCCUUGCGGAUGACAACCUCUUCUCGCCUGAUGACGAAGACGGCGUGAAGAUGGCGAGCAAUAUCGCCGCCGAUUCGGAUGUUCUGAUCGAUGUCUCCGCGACCGGCACGGCAAGCGACCGCCUGCACGCCUGGAUCGACUUCAACAACGACGGCGACUGGGACGACGCGGGCGAACAGAUCACGCCGGUUGGCGGCCUGGGCCUGACAUCCGGCGUAACGACCCGACUCGUUAUCAACACGACCGGCAUCGCUGUGGACGGAACCACGACGAACUACGCCGCUCGCUUCCGUUGGGGACAGGGGAUCGCCGGUUACACGGGCCUCGCUUCGACUGGCGAAGUCGAAGACUACCGCCUGCCGCGGCUGUUGAACUCGGCUGGCAUUCUCGACGGCGACUACAACGGUGACGGCCAGAUCACAUUGGCGGACCAAGUCGUUUGGCGUGAGAACUACGGUUCGACCAUCAACUUCGCCGCCGACGGCAACCGCGCUCCCGCCCAGAUCGUGGCGCCGGCGACUCAUCCCGACGAGUUCGCGUACCUGAGCCCGCUGGAAGUCGCCGAUCCCGUGACCCCGGCGUUAGUGACGGCGCCGCCGGUGGUGACGAUGCCCAUCGUCGAAGACGUCCUCGCGCCGGCAACGUUCGACGCCGACGCCUUCGCCCCGAUGUUCCUCGCCAGCCCGCAGGUCACGUCGAUCCUCGACGAGUCUCUGGCGGUCGAGGAAGAGGCGGCCGAUGAUGGCGACGCCAUCGACGCCGCCCUGCUGCAAUGGGCACUCGGGUCGGCCGCCGACGACGAGGCGACUCCGACCGAGUACUCGUUCGAAGAGGCCGAGCAGGAAGAGGCCGAGGAGUUCGAG